AUGUCGGGCCAGGACAGAGAAGCCGUCUUCCCGACCCGUCAGUCUCUUGCGCAGAUGAAGUCAAAGCUGAAAGGCGCCCAAAUCGGCCACGAUCUGCUCAAGCGCAAGUCCGAAGCCCUCACCAAGCGAUUUCGAGAAAUUACACGCCGAAUCGAUGAAGCGAAACGAAAGAUGGGUCGCGUGAUGCAGAUAGCAGCAUUCUCGCUGGCCGAAGUCACGUAUGCCGUUGGAAAUACUGGAUUUGCAUAUCAGAUUGUAGAGUCAGCGCGGCAAGCCAAGUUCCGCGUGCGAACAAAGCAGGAGAAUGUGUCUGGUGUAUUUCUGCCAACCUUUGAAAGUUUUCAGCAAGAAGGUGUCAGCGAAUACGCAAUGACUGGUCUUGGAAAGGGUGGUCAGCAGGUACAAAAGUGCCGAGAGACAUAUACACGCGCAGUCGAGACGCUGGUCGAGCUUGCAUCGUUGCAGACUGCGUUCGUAAUUCUGGACGAGGUCAUAAAGAUUGUGAACCGGAGAGUGAACGCCAUUGAACACGUCAUCAUACCACGGACCGAGAGAACGAUCAAAUACAUCAAUUCAGAGCUGGAUGAGAUGGAUCGAGAAGAAUUCUUCAGAUUGAAGAAGGUAAAAGGUUUGAAGGAGAGGGCGCAAGCCAAGGAAGAGGAAGAACGAAAAAAGAAGCGGAGGGACAGCGACAAAGAGAACGACACUCAAGGCCAGGACCAAAGUGCAACCAAGAACGUGCUGGGAGACGAAGCUGACGAGGAUCUCAUAUUCUAG